AGCCUGAAACUGUACCCUCUCCCUCUCGGCAGGGAGGCAUGGCUGAAUGCGGACUGUUCUUGCUCACUUCGGCAAACUACGCUGCACGAUUGUCUGUUGCGUUGUGAUUUCUGCUGUCAUUCGUCACAUUUUGGCAACGUAUUGACAUAGUAACCUUCAGUAUCCGGAUUUACUAACACAAUUUCAGAGGAUUGUGCGCAAAGAAAGGUCUUUCGGUCUCCGUUUGGUCGGCUGGCCCCUGGUCUUGCUUUACCCAUGACAGUUUGAAGACAACGCCGAGGAUAUAGAUCCGGCUUCGGCUUGGAGAGUGUGGAAGACGACGAGAGCUAACUGAACUUGACGAUUUGGGUGGAUCUUUUUUGCAGGUUACCCGGAAUGGUGUAAUGUGAUCUGAAUCUCCCACACAUGCGGUUUGUAACGUUCAAAUUAACUUACUCACACAGUACAAGUAACUAGUGGUUCGGGAAGUACUGGUGGAUGUUUUACCGUGGAAACUAAAUUUGUAUCAGACCAUAAAUCUGAAUUCAUCUACACAUCUUGGACAUUUUCUGUGGAUUCUUACUGCGACCGGGUUGCGAAUUUUGGUGCCCGAGUCUCCAAGCUGCUGCGAGGAGGGAUGCGCUUGUUGCUAUGAAUACACGAUCAGACCGCACUGUUGAAUAAAAGGAAACAUUCAUAUCUACAAUCGCUCAGCUCCCUUUGAAAGAACUUUGUCACUUGUGAGUACCACAUUCUGUUGCGACCCUUUUACGCAGGAUACAUAGAGUUCAUACUGGCAACGGAUGACUAUCAACACCACCUUUAAGUAAUCUGUAACAUCAGUUGCAAAGCAUACUACAGUGUGGACAAUCGCCAUCGCUCAGGUGCAGUGAUCUAGUCUUGCUGUAUUUCAUUCAUUCAGUUGAGAAAGCGAAGAGCUCAUUUUUAAAAGGCCGGACAUUCCGAUGUGAACUCUGCUCUAUCGAUUCACACUGAAGUUGCACCGAAGACGCCGCAUCGCACGGAACUGCGUGUCAAAGUUAGAUGAUGCCGCAACUGGAAACGAUUCUGAUUGUUUUUCACAUCUUCUGGACGUGCGUGUUCACUCAAGAACCGGCGUCCAAGGUGGUUGCCGAUCGCUAUGCGGUCUAUUGGAACCGCACAAACCCCAGGUUCUACCGGGGUGACUAUCACAUUGACGUGUGCAUCAAUGACUAUCUGGACGUCUACUGUCCCCACUACAUGGAAUCGGUGCCGGAUGAGCGCACCGAGCGCUACGUGCUCUACAUGGUGAACUAUGACGGCUACAGCACCUGCGACCACACCGCCAAGGGCUUCAAGCGCUGGGAGUGCAACCGGCCCAUCUCGCCCAACGGCCCGCUGAAGUUCUCAGAGAAGUUCCAGCUCUUCACACCCUUCUCACUGGGAUUCGAAUUCAGGCCUGGUCGCGAGUACUACUAUAUCUCCUCCACCAUCGCGGAGAACGGGAGACGGAGCUGCCUGAGGCUGAAGGUUUUCGUCAGACCAGCCAACAACUGUGUGAAAACUAUCACUGUUCAUGAUCAAGUGUUUGACGUCAAUGACAAAGUGGAUAAUUCUAUAGAGCCACGAGAUGACACGAGUCAUGAGUCAGCGGAACCUUCCAGAGGGGACGUGAACGCCAGCCCCUGCUGCAGGACCCCUGCUCUGCUGCUGGCCACAGCCCUGCUCCUCCUGGCUGCCCUUGCCUCGUUAUAGCCUCCGACCGAGAAGCACACACACACAUACACACACACACACACACACACACCUGCGGAGAGGGCCACUCAAAGGAGCACUUUUUCAAACCAGUUUUUACUCAUAUCUCUCUCUCUCUUUGUUCUUUUCGUUGCUGUCUCUCUCUUUGACUAUCUUUCCGUCCGUGACUCGCGUCAGUCGGCUGUAAUCCAUGAGACGGGCCUCUUUUGUUUUUCUCUCUCAAGAGUUGCAGUUACAGUAAGAUGCCAAAAGUGUUUUUGACACUUCAGUGUUUCUAAUUGUCCAACAAUGUCUUUUUUUUUUUACUGUGUCUCCCUUUCCCAGCUAACACACAAAAAAUAUCC